AUUAUUUUCAUUGUUGCGCAGAUGAGUGCAUAUUUUGCUCCUGCUUUUUUCAGCCAUCUCUUGGGUAAAUGCUUAAGGUGUAAAAGUCCUCUUCUUGAAGUGAUAAAAUUGGGCCUGGUGGUCAUAGGAACAUUUGCUGUUGUUUGGUGGCCAUAUCUUCAUUCAGCAGAUGACUUUUUUGGGGUUCUUUCCCGUCUUGCCCCUUUCGAGAGAGGGUUAUACGAGGACUAUGUUGCAAAUUUUUGGUGCACCACAUCUAUUCUCAUAAAGUGGAAGCGAUUGUUUACAGUACAAUCAUUGAAGUUAGUUAGCUUUACUGCAACUGUUUUGACUUGUCUACCUUCAGUGGUUCAGCAAGUACUGGCUCCCAGUGGCAAAGGUUUCCUUUAUGGGCUUAUGAAUAGUUCUUUCUCAUUCUACUUAUUUUCAUUCCAAGUACAUGAGAAGUCUAUUCUGCUGCCGCUUCUGCCUGCAAGCCUAUUAGCCCUAGAAGAGCCUCGUCCUUUUCGAUGGUUGACACAUCAUGCCUUAUUUUCUAUGUUUCCUCUCCUUUGUCGUGACAAACUGAUUCUUCCGUACAUGGCGAUGUAUGCUCUCUUUACUCUUCUAUAUCUUACACCUGGUGGAAGAUCCCGUUUGAAGAAAACCGAUCAUUCCUCUUCUAUUGCAUCAAUUAUGAUCAGCUUUCUUUAUCUGUGCUCAUCUAUCCUUCAUAUUGUUUACUUAACCAUCCGUCCUCCUGAGAAGUUUCCUUACCUCUUUGAAGCAAUGAUUAUGCUUAUGUGCUUCCCCCAAUUCGCGUUGUGCGCAUUUUACUCCAAUGCAAAGCAAUGGUUGUUAUCAAAACAUUCUACAGUAGAUAAGGAAAAGAAACUUAUUUGAUUGUCAUGUUUCUGAAAUUAGCUCACACUUCAUAGCAUUUUAUCUAACUUUUGUUUCCUCUCAGAAUCUCAAAUCCAUAGCAGCAAAUGCCCAUAGGCAUGUGCUGGGUGACUAGUUAUUGGAUUGACUCAUCUCACUGGGAGAAGUUUCUUGGCCGUUUGAGCCAAUAUUCAUAUUUUACAUGCUUUUUGGAGAAUACGCCUAAUUUGCUGUUCCUUUUGUAUUUUUCUUUUUCAAUUCUAACGUUCUAUUAUAAUUUACACUCUUUUAUUUGAAGUGCAGAUUUAAGCUUGCUUACGAAACUUAUGUACCCAUGGUUGCUUUUCUGGGUUUCUUGACUCUUUUGAACUAGGCUUGAGGGAUAGUUGAGUCAGGCCAGCAAAACACAUGACAAUACGU